AGGACGAGGAAGUGUGUGCCGGGGCAGAGCGGGGGAGCGACCCGGACCGACCGGGACCUGGAGAUGUAAGCAGCCCGCCGUCAGGACUUCCCCACCGCUUGGGCCGCCGGACAGCAGCAGCCGACUCGACAAUGCGAUGGGAAACUGCUGGGCUUACUGCGUGGGGCUGUUCCGGAGGGAAACCAGCAGGAUCCAGAGAGGCGGCGGGUCCAAGUACUUCCGCAGCAGCACAACCGGGGAGCAUUACACCAUAGAGUUUGAAAACCUGGUGGAAAGUGAUGAGGCGGAGAGCCCCCAGCCGUGCCCCAGGCCCAUCAGUGAAGACGAGAUCAAGCACCUCCGAGAGCACCGCUACGCCGCCAUCUCGGACAAGCAGGUGCUGAUCGACCAGAAGCUGCAGGCGGAGUUAGAGGCACAAGAGGAGAAGUUAAGGCUAGAAGAGGAGGCUAGAAAUGCCGCCCAGCGCGAGGCCGCCAGGCUGGCACGUGAGCGAAAGUUGAAGGAGCUGUCCGCCCAGAGGGCACGGGGGAAAGCAGAUGGCGCCGGCGGUGAAGCGCAGCAAAGAAAACCGGCCUCCGGGGAGGAUUUUGACGUCUACCUCCAGAACAUUAAAGCUCAGUCCGAAGCGUUCAGGAGCAGCAGACUCCCCUCUGACACCAACGUGGUGACGCCCAACACGGAGUGCAGCUGGGACUUCACCACCAAGACGCGCUCCACCAACGACGACGCCACCUCGCUGGACCUGGAGUGGGAGGACGAGGAAGGGAUCAACCGGGCUCUGCCGGCCUGGGAGCGCUCCCGGACGGAGGAGGACAUCCUGCGCGCGGCGCUGCGGCCCGGCGGCAAGCCGCCGACCAGCGGGCCCGCCUCGGCGUCCGAGGACUCGGCCGCGCUGGAGUGGGAGAACGACUUCGUGAGCACCCACCCGGAGGACCCCGCCGACUUCGAGGGCUUCGUCAACCCCGUCCUGGACACGCCCUCGGAGGACGCCGCCUCGGACUCCGGCCUCAGGGCCGACGACCGGGACAGAUAGUGUCCGGCGGCGGGGGGGGGGGGGAGGCGGCGCCCUCUUCGGCUCGGAGCUCACCAGCUGGCCGCCUCUCGGGGUUCGAGUCCCGUCUCCACGCCGCCAUGUUUUUAUCCAACACACAUUUUUGUUCCCAGUGCCUUCGUUUGCUAAAUUCCCAUUGUUCAUAUCUUCCACGAAGGAUCACAGUCCUCCACACGUUCAGACACACCGGGACUCACAGUGGCGGCGCGGGAUCGUUUUUUGAGUUGUACUUUUGUAUCCUGAAUGGUUCAGAAUUGAUGUGAGUUACGGCGAGGAGGCAUACAUCCUGACGCUGUAGCUGACAGUUGGUCUGGGUGUGUCAACAAGAGGCGUGCACGGAGCUGGACACUGUUUACAUAAGAACAGAGCUGCUCACACCAAAGACUGUUGACUGAGUGCAGCAGGAAGGAAACCGACGUUCACUCUCAUGCAGAUCUGCUCCCUUCAGGCUCGUUCACUCUCUGCCGGUAAAACCUUGUAAAGAGUUUUGUUAACAGGAGGCGACAGAUUUCACCGAGGCUCUCGGAGACGUUACAGGAUCAGGUCAACGUGUGCGUGGACGCCUCGACGGCCUCGACCGCCUCGUCACAACCGGGACGACCUACAGAAAUGUAAAGAUGGCCGACGGGCCGGGCGGAUGUCCCCGCCCACCUGACUCACCCCCACGUGGCUACCUCGCCCAGAGAAGCUGUCAGUCACGACUUUACACCCACUGUCAAUUAACAUAUUUCUAAAAAGUCACCGUGUGGGAAACAACUCAAACCAUCCUCAGAGCUGGAAGACGCUUUCCUCCGAGGGCCGAUCCAGGUGUUUCACGUCAUCCACAUUUAUUCAUGUAUAUCCUACGAAGCCAAAGCCAACUGUCCUUCUUCUUCUUUUGGUCUGUCGUUUUAUCUGAAGCUGGAGGUGAUUCAGUAGGUCAGACGGUUUUGUUUCUCGUCGGAGCAUUAGUCACCGGAUUCCUCGAGUCAGCAGGCCGCUUCACGGAACACGUCACCGGUUCUGCUGCUCGUUCCCGAACCUCCUGCAGUGACGUCGGCUUCACUCAGCAGAUUAAAUCCCCUGGUGACGCAGCGCAGCGCCGCCACCCGAUAUGUUAUUGAUCAACCAACGGGGAGUUAUCUCGGUAUGCCUUUCAGUGAGCUGAAACCAUCGUCAGACCUUCGUCAAGGAACCUCAACAAACCUCAGAGAGCAGAAUUAAAACCUCUAGUAUGUUUCGACAUGAUGGCUGCGAAGAACAGAAGCACAAUCAUGAUUGAAAACAAACCAACUCGUUUCCACGGUGUGACUUUUUGACGCCACUUUAAGUUUGAUCCUUCUUUCAUGUGAUGUUUUUUUUUUUUCACGCUGAUUCUCUGUUUUUUUGAGGGGAAUCAAACCGUACGAUUGCACUCUAAUUUCUGUUUUUAAUGAUUUUCUUUAGUAUGCUCUCAGCUCCUAGAGGAUGUUCACUGAAAUGAUUCACUGGUGUUGUGGAGGAUGGGACGGAGGUGCACUGCUGUAGACACCGGCUCUUUGGGUUUUUCUUCUUGAUUCAAUGUGUAAUUUAAAAACAGUUUCUUUUUUUUUUAACACAUCAAUACAUUCUGCUGUGAUUGUAUGGACUGUACAUUUCUAUUGAAAACAAAUGCAGCAUAACAUUCCUUGUCACAUUGAAGAGAAGAAUAAAAAAAUGAAAAGCCUACA